AUGUGGGACUCGGCAUACAAAAUUGCAUCAAAAUCUGAUAUUGAAUCACAAGGAACUGAAUUGAAAUCUAUGGCCUCUCUUCAAGGAUUGCCACCACUUCCCAAAAGCCUCAGUGGUGUUAGUAUUGUAGAUCAUUCAUCUGAAUUUGUUGUUCCUUCUGGCCCUAUUUCAUCUGCUGGCAGUACAAGAAAUGCUCAUGGUUUAACAUUCCGCACAUCAGCACGCAGUAGCUCAGCAAACAUAUCCUCUAUGCCACCUCCUCAUGUAAUGAGGAAUAUAACACCAUCUGUAGACAUGCCUCCACAUGUGUAUCCUAGAAUAAGAAAGAACAUGGGACUGGAUGCCCAACUUGCAAUUCUUAGAAAGGAAAUGCUUGGAUUACGUGAAUUAGAUCUGUCCUUAUUAUCCCAACUGUGGUCUUUAAAUGAAUCCAUUCAUGAACUUCGACAGCUGUUGCAAGAGCAAGAAGAGUCAGCUGCUCUUUCUCCACCUUCUCCAUCUUCUGCUGAUGAAGGUGAAGAGUUCUUCUCACCAUUACCUGUGCGAUAUCAUGGAGUGAUGCCUCCUGGCUCAUUGUCAGCUGUCCCUGAACAAUAUCAUUUGUCAAGCAGUUCAUCUCAGUCCAGCAUUGAAUAUGGGAAUGUUUAAGUAGUUCCUUCUGUUUGUUGAAACAAUAACAGAAAUUUUUAGUAAAUCUUUGAAGUAUACAACUACAUCCUCAGAUCUUUUCAAUGUUAAUGUUGCAUUUUUUCAUGCUCUAUAUUUAUUUUGUAGGUUGUAUAUGAUCUUUGAUAUUGAUGUAUAUAUUCUUAGUGCUGCUUGCUGCACUUAGCAAUAAAUGUAAUGUACUUCGGCACUGUUAGUCAAUUCAUGCAUUACAUAAAAUGUGUAGUGCUAAUCAUAUGUAAAUAUUACAUUCACACCAUUUAUAAGAGAACUUUUCUUAUGUGAUGGCCCUUGGGGAUACAUCUGACAAGGGCUAAAAGAUACUGGCCUCAAACAUUAAAGUUGCUUUAACUUUGAUUUAUUUUUCAGUUUUCACAAUGGAACAAAAUUUUAAAAAAUUUAUAUAAUAUUAAAUAUGAGCAUGAACCAAUUUUUUAUUCUUAAUGUUCACUUUGACAAUAUUUGAUUAUGGUUGUUUUGUAGUUAUUACUUCAGCAUAUGAUGUCCCAGUUGACUCCACAUAUGUAGUCCCAUAUGAUGUCCUAGUUUCAGUUUAAGACUGCAGGACAGUAUUGGGCCACCUUCCAAGGAAGAUACUGCUGGCAAACAGAACAUGUAACAUGUGUUAUGACUUUAGAGACAAAUUUUAGGGAGGGAAGAGGCAUGAAUCAUGCUGUGAAUGUAGAAAAUGUGUGCUUGCUUUACAUAUUAAGAAUUGUUUUACACUUGGUUGAACAGCAGUUAAAAGCAAUUAUGUGUCAGUGUAAUAUUUUUCAUGAUUAAUUGAAAAAAAACAGAGUAAUAUUGAGGUAAAAGAAUGGAGGGCAAAAUUUUAGAAACUAAUGAUUCGCCAAGGAACCCCUUUGUUCUGAUGGAGAAUUUAAACCUCCAAAAUCUAAAGAACAUAAAAUAUUAGUAUAUGUUCCUACUGAAUGCUGAGUAAGAUUAUUAUCGAAAUUUUUGGUGGUAUUUGGUCAAUUUUCAGUUUUUAAAUAAGCAUUUAAUAAUUUUUAGCACGUAAGGUGCUAUUUGUAGCUGUGUCAAUUAUAGAAGAUUUUGGUCAUACAAAUCAAAGGCAUACAUUUUAUAGUUCAAUGAAACUUCUCACCCCCUACCUAUUGUGAAUUGUCUCAUUUAAUUGCAAAGAAAGCCAUGAACUCAUUAAAAUCUCUUAUGUUUUUUCCACUAUAUUUUCAGGUUUCCAUGUACAGCAUUGCUUAAACGUUUUGUUAUUUUUACCACCACCAUAAUAAACAUCACCGACUUGGAAAAAAUUAAAAAUUUUGGAGAUAUAAAGAAUUCCUUGAAUUCUGAUUCAAGAAUAUUAAAAAUGUAUUCUAACUCUAAUUGAACAAAUUUGUGGGUUACUGUGAGAACAGUUGUCAAUUAAUUGAUAAGUUAUUCUUACCAAGGGAUGCUUAGAGAGAACAAGGGGGCCUUGGGGCAGUAGGUCUACAGGGAACCCUUAUUUUGAACAAAAGUAUUUCCUCUCCCCCUCCUUCUCCAUUACAUGGAUAGAUUUCAUCUCUCCAUGCAAUGGAUAUUACUUAUAGCAUGUAAUUUAGAUUGAAAGUAAAUUCAUUUUUUAUCUCUUUCAAAUGAAAAAGAAAAUUCAGGGCCUCAAUUAAGUUAGGGUUUUAUGCAAAUCGCUCCAGCCUCACCCCCCACCUGCUGUGCAUCUCUGUUUUUACCCUUGGCACUAAAACAGUUCAGAAUUGUAUAAUCUCACAAAAGGGCAUUCUUUUUAAAACACUUGUGUUAUGUAUUAGUUUUAAAUGUUUUUAUUGUUUUGUAAUUACAAUAAUGACAUUAUUGGUUAAUGUUGUGCAUAUGUAUUUUAUGAAAUAUAGUAGUGUAUUUCUUUUAAUUUCUUCUAUUGAAAUUUUGUUGUUUAUAACUCUGAAAGAAACUGCAGAAUGUAAUGUUGGUAUAUGUCAGCAUAAGGAACUGAAAACAAUUGCUCAAAUCCACUUCUAAUAUGGAAUCUUGCCAACAAAUAAAUAUGAUUAAUAAGUAAUCUGUUUUAUGUGAUCAAACUUUUCUGGCAGCUGAUAGAAUAGAUAUAUAAUCAAGAAUGUGUCACCUGAAUUAUUCAUCUAGUGUCUGAGAAAUGUAUGGCUAAUUUAUUUAAGACAUCAAAGAAAAUGUGUGCUAUUGUGAAAGAACAGUAUUAAUACUUUAGGUUUUUUUUGUUGUUGUUGUUUUUCUUUUAUCAAGCAAAUUUAUUUGUGUCAAUAUCAGAGCACUGUAAAUUUUGUUGUAUUAUGAUAGUUGAUCUUUUGAUAUAAUGAGAGUCUAGAUUACGGUUCACCAUGUUUCUGUACAAUAUUUCUCAACUCAUUGCUCAGGAGUUUGAAAGCAGGUACUUUCAAUGAAACCUGUUCUUAUAAUAUACAUACCUCUGCAUUAGAUUGUAAGUUAUUCAGAUCUUAUAAAUGUGAUUUUCACGAAUAAUGUUUGUCUCUUAUUAAUUGCUCCCCAUCCCUAUUAUUCAAAACAUCAACUACUUGUGCUCCCUGCAUAUUAUCGAUUUUUAUUAUUGUCCAUGUAUGAAAUUUUUUAGGAACUGUUUUUCACUUAUUGAAUAUAUAACAUUAGUAGUAUAUGUUUUAAUUAUUUCAUGCAUUUUACAAAACAAUAUUUCUGUGUACUGUUGUUAUUGUUUUCAAUAAUAAUUACUGCUCAAAAUUUGGCUCAAAUUGAGGAAACUGUUUUCCUAUUAAAAUAUUGAUUAAUUUUAAGUACUAACAACUUAUUUUAUCGUGUUUUCAAGAUGUGUAAUUAUAUGUGCCCCUUAAAGCUCAAAUUGAAGUAAUUCACAUUCUUCUUGUUUGAAGAUAUUUAAUGUAUUACUAGUGGUGGGAGUGGACUGAGAGACCAUGCACAGAUGACACAGAGUGCUGAAUUAAUUUCAACCUCUCCCACUUACCUUUGAUAGCAUUGUAAAUUAAGAGGACCACCACAUUAAAAAAAUGUAACGUGGAUGCAUUGCCUGUAAAUGUUAAUAUCAACAGAAGAUGUCACUAUUACUCUGGGAGAAUUCAGUAGACAUCUGAGUGAAAAGAAAUACAUAUAAUUAAUAUUAAACUAAAAUAAUACAUCUAGUUGCAACUAUGCCACUGCAUUUUUUCUUGAAAAUGUUUAAAUAAUUAUAAUAGCUGAAGGAAUAUGCAGUUAAAGACUGAUUGAAGUGAUUGCAAUUACCAUUUAGCAUAAAGCUGGAUGAAGUUGAAAACAACACGUCUUACAAGAGUGCUGAAAUUAAACACAAGGCCCACUGUAGUCAGAGGAAUUCCUGGUGACAUCCACUGUGUGGGUGCUUGGCAGGUGACUGCGUGACGUUAUCCACCUGCAUAUCAGAGGUGCGAGGUCACGGCGUACAGGCUAUCGCUGGGAGCGAUUAUAUUAACAUAUGACCAUAACUGUCGCACAUAACACAUGACGGUUGUAGUAGUGUGGUGUCUUUGCCGGGGCAAUAAAUCACUGACGUGAACGGUU